AUGAUCCCACAAGAAGGCUCCGACCCCCCCAUUCUUAUUGCUAAUCCAACAUAUGAUCAUUGGAUACGACAAGAUCAACUACUGCUUCAUGGUAUUAUUUUUUCAGCUACUGAAAAUGUUGUACCUUUCUUUGCUUUUGCUGAAUCUUCCUUUGAUGCUUGGACCAAAAUCAAUAAGUUGUAUGCUAACAAGUCUCGAUCUCGUAUGAUGACAUUACGAGAAAAACUUACCAAACCCAAAGGUAGCAAGAAAGUCUCUGAAUAUUUUCAAAAUCUCAGAAGUGUUGCUGAUGAACUUGAGCUGGUGAAUUCACCUGUAAGUGAAGAUGACCUUGUUAUCCAUGUUCUUAAUGGAAUUGGAUCUGACUUCAAAGAAAUUGCUGUCGGUGUAAGAGCUCAGGACUCCUCCAUUACCUUUGAAGAACUAUUAGAUAAGUUCACUGAUUAUGAAGAGGUUAUCAAGAAACAAGAGUCCUCAACUGAUAUUAUCAUCCCUUUUGCAAAUCUUGCUACUAAAGCUAUUUCUUCUCAUUCUGAUUUACUAAAGCAUUCUAGGCCUUCUCACAAUACCAAAUUUACGUCACCAUCUACUUCUUCUAAACAUUCAUCAUCCACAAACUUCAAGGUUGUUUGUCAGUUCUGUGAUAAACCAGGACAUUCUGCUAAGCAUUGCUUCAAAAUUUGA